CUGUAUUGUGACAUUACAUGGCUUCCUGUUUCACUGGGGUAUAAAAAUGUAAAUUCCCUUUGUCACCCAUCACCAUAGGGAGAAGGCAAAGAACUGAAUAAAUGAAAAGAGACAAAUGGUUGUUGACCUUCAUAAAUCAGACAAUGGGUACAAUAAAAUAGCAAAAAAAUACAUACACCACUUACCACUAUUAGGGCAAAAAAUAAGAACUUUAAAACCACUGMAACAUUGGUAAACUUGCCUGAUAUGGGAUGCAAGUGUAUCUUGCGUCCAAUAUAAAAACCUAUUCAUUGGCAGAGAUUAGUAUUUUGUAUUCGUUGAGAGCAGUCAAUGUAAAAUUAUACUGAUAGGAUAUUCAAUUUUAUUAUAUUAUAGAGUAUUAUAUUGCAUAAAUAACUUUACAAGUACUCUUAUAUAGGGUUCUAUUUGAAUUUUAACAGUGCUGUGAAUAUGCAAGUAUUUCAUCAGGGCUCAUCACUAACAAAACCAACCAGGUGUCUUUAUCUCAGAGAAGAGUUGCCUAUUGUGCCGUGUCAUUUCUCUUAUUAAUGAAUGACAAGACUUCAAGGGAUGUUCAGGUGCUAUCAACCUGGUGUCCAUCUGGCACCAAGUGGCUGGGACAGUAACGUCAUUUUAAAAUUACAAUAAACUACGUUGUGCAAUCCAUUGUUCAUCUUCAAGAAUGUAAAGUGGUUUACCAAGAAGUUUGUGAUGCUAUUAUAACAAUCAGUUGUGCUUUGCAACUGUUCUCUAUUGAGUUUACUAGGCAUAUUCAUAAAGUCAUGAGUGACACAUCACACAGCCACUAAUGGACCGGUAGGCUACUAAUUGGUGCAGUCAGGCCUAAAACUCAAAUCCCCACUCUGCAAAACCAACACCAACCUGCAUCASUUCCUAGACAAAAACGUUUUUAUUUAUUUUGUCAUAUUUUGGUUAAGGUUACAGGUUAAAAUAAUUAUAUUCAGUUCAUAUAUUCAGUUCAUAUCUCAUUUCCAUAUAGUUAUGUGUAUCGUGGCCUACCUUCUCUAUAGGAGUAGGAUAUUCUAUUUUAUUCAAUAAGUCUUAUAAUUAGACAUUUUCAAGAAGAGAAGUGUAGGUCUAGGCCUAAAAAUGUAUGGUUUAAACUCGACUUUAGUCUACAGUCGGCUUCGUUAGCCUCACUACUCAGAACACUAUCUUCGAGCUAUGAGUAAAACUAUAAUACCCAGCAUUCCAUUGCCACCUACCGGAAAAGGAAAACGCAUGGAUGUAUGUGUUUACAAUCUUUCCUAACAAGCUUAAAUUCGCAGCUGCUGUUCCCCAUGAAACAAGUGUAGGCGAUACCGGCAAGAGAAAAUAAUGACACAUUUAUUAUUUGCUACUACUCAUUUAGUACGAUAUAACAGAAUGUGUUUGUUUCGUACUUGUAGAACAGGCGGGGUAGCCAAAUAAUCUGUCGCAUCGUCAGGCCACCCACCCACCAUAUGCAGCAGUGAUUUUUAAGAAGUGGGACAAGCGAACAGAUGGCGCAUCUAGGCUGCGCGCGACAGGGACACCUACAGUGUUGAAACAGUGUUGMGUAUGAACAAGGCAGCUAGUAAAGGCGUGUUUUAUGUUGUCUACAUCUUUGCCAUUUCUGAGUGGAUUGGAUAAUUUUACAUCGCAGGAUUUCCUACUGCCUCUGAACCGUUGCUUGAGCCUACUAUACUUUGGCGCGGGUAUUGGAAAACACGCAGUGACAGGGCCAUCGCCACCGGUAGCUAUAAUCAGAGAGGGGAAGAGGCGAAGCGAAGCCUUUGCUAUAAUCUCCUAUUUGACGCCUCUCUCAGUUGGUAAACAAUGGUUGACAACCGUUAUGCCACGGCUUUGGUUAUCAGCUGUGUGCUCAGCGUGCUGGCUACGGUGUACCUGUCUGUAGCYGUUGGGACGCAGCACUGGUACCAGUACACCAGUCCCCCGGUGCGUGGCGAGGCCAACGUAUCCGAACUGCGGUCGCUGCAUGAUGAAUUCAUGGAAGGGGAAUUCGAUGAGAAGACCUACAGCGACACGCUCUUCCGUCUCAACGGGACCAUAGGCCUCUGGUGGCGCUGCGUUCUGGUGCCAUCUCAUACCCACUGGUACAAGGAGUCAGAUCCAAAGAUGGUGAUGAAGUGUGUUAGCUUCACGUUAACACAGCAGUUUACCCCGAAGUACAAAGAGCCAGGGAACCACAACAGUGGAGAGGACAUGCUGCGGACCUACCUGUGGAGGUGCCAGUUCCUGCUGCCAUUAAUCUCCUUAGGUCUGGUGGUGCUGUCAGGCUUGAUAGGGUUCUGUGCCUGCCUCUGCCACAGUCUCACCCCCACCCUGGGCAUAGGAAUGCUCCACCUACUGGCUGGGCUGUGUACUCUAGCCACAGUCUGCUGUUACCUGGCAGGGAUGGAUCUCCUCCACAGGGUCUCUGUGCUGCCAGACAAGGUGGACGGCUCCCUGGGCUGGUCUCUCUACCUGGCCCUCAUCUCGUCCCCGCUGCACAUGAUGGCUGCCGCUCUUCUGGUGUGGGCGGCACGGAGCCACAGUCAGAACUACUACCGCAUGACUGCCUACAGGGUAGCAUAGAGACCAGGUCUGCUGGUGCCUGACUAUCUGUUUUAUAUAGGCACAUUUCCAAAUCAAAACCAUAACUCCAACCACAUGAUACUUGUUGAUCUUGAAAUAACUGAAUAAGAAUAUAGAAAAUGCUAAUCUUUGCCCUCUGAUAGGCUACUGGGAUUUUCACCCUAUUGCUUUCACACAGUUGCUUAUCCAAUCAUUUCAGAUCUWUAAAAGUGCCUAGUGUAGGGGUGAGGAGUUGACAUUGGGAAACAGAGUGACCCAGAACAAAAUGUACCAUUGGUUAGACCAACAAGCAUAUAAUUGUUUAUAAUAGACUUUCCAAACCGUAACCAGCCACAGUCAGAGCUGCUUCCAGUCGACUGCACUAGCAAGAAAUAUUAUUGGCCCAUGUUUGGAAAAUCAAACCGUUCUGUAAGAAAUAUGUUUAUGGCGAUUGAAGUUUAGUCCAAACAUUUGAGUAACAUUUGAGUACAGUACCAGUCAAAAGUUUGGUCACACCGACUCAUUCCAGGGUUUUCUUAUUCUACAUUGUAGAAAAAUA